AUGCUUCGCUCAUCCCUCCUCCGAGCUGCCGGCUCGACCUCGCUCCUCCCGUCCACCGCGGCACGACAAGCUGUCCGCGCACCAGUCGCCUGCUUGCAGCACGCACGCCAGGCGCACGCCAUCUCCAAUCCGACGCUCGCCGAUAUCGAGAAGAGAUGGGAGGCCAUGCCGCCGCAGGAGCAGGCAGAUCUGUGGAUGGCGCUGCGGGAUCGCAUGAAGGUUGACUGGAAGGAAUUGACGCUGCAGGAGAAGAAGGCCGCAUACUGGAUUGCAUUCGGCCCACACGGCCCCCGCGCCCUUCCUCCCCCAGGCGAGAACACGACCGUCUUCAUCUACACAAUGAUCGGUGUCGCCGCAGCUGCUGUCAUCUUUGGCCUUAGCCGAGCGUUUGCCAGACCGCCCCCGAAGACGAUGACCAAGGAGUACCAGCAACAGUCAGGGGAGUACUUGCAAAGCCAAGGAACAGAGCCCAUCACUGGCCACAAGGACAUGUUGGUGCAAAGCAAGCCGGGCAAGAAGGACUCGUAG